UACUUCAAUACGGUCGAUAGAAGGAGUGGAGCUCUGAUCUACCAGGGAACCAAUGUCACCAUUGUAUCAGAGUUUGAGGACCAACCUGCUGAGAUCAUUCUUGAUGGUGGAGCAUUCCUAUUGAACUAUCCCUCAUCAUUCAAUUAUUUCAUUCCAUUCACAUCGGUCAACCUUGUCAACAUCAACAUCAAUGGAGGCGGCAACUCAAACUACGCCAAUCUCAUUCUUUCAUAUAACGGCUACCCAAUCAAUGUCACACUCAACGGUGUCAAUGUAUACAACACCUCCACACCCUGUGUAUUUGAAUUCCUAACCUCAGAGAAUGGAACAUUGUACGGCCUGUCG